AUGCUUGCUAGUCAAGCCGUACUUGGCGCAUUCGCGGCCAGUGCAUCAUUAUCAUCAUCGUCAUCAUCAUCGAUCCCAGGUGCCGCAUCGUAUACUGUGCCCGCUGCCUUUCCAACAUCGGUGUUUUCCAGCUAUUACAUCCAGCCUGGCCCUACAUCUGAGCCCCAACCGGCACUGUUUGAUCCCAUUCUCAACAAGACAUUUCCCUUGAAUGUGACAGACCCUCUGUCCAUCCCGUCUCAUGACACGGAUCCAGUCUAUUUUCCUCAGGCGCUGGCCAAUCUUUCCGAAGCCAGCGCAGAGGCUGUCAUCGCUGCAGCUUCAGACGAGAUUUUGACAAUUGUGAGGGCUAACCAAACUGGGCUUUCAUCCAACUGUUCGAGAUGCGUCGCCGCCCUGUCAGUGGCGCAAAUGGCUGCGAAACUGGCCCCAACUUACCUGCCAGACGCCAUGAUCUCACUGUGCCAGAAGACGGGCUUCGCAUCCAACUCCACGUGCCAGUCAACGUACGAGGCCGGCAGCUUUGGUGCCACAUGGACGCAGAUUCUCUCCAAGGCCGACGUGGCGGGCCUAGACGGGCAGUAUAUAUGCGCGUAUCUGGGUUCGUACUGCGCCUCGCCCAACGUGACGGCCUUUGAGCUCGCCUUCCCCAAGCCCAAGCCCGCCAAUGCCACCAAGCCGCAGCCCAGCGGCCAGCGGGUAAAGGUUCUCCAUCUCUCGGACCUGCACCUGGACGCCCGGUACGAGGUGGGAGCCGAGGGCAACUGCACCUCGAGCAUGUGCUGUCGCCACAGCGCGCCAGCAGCCAACGGGAGCGCCGCGGCCAUUCAGGUGCCCGCACCGCUGUAUGGUUACUACAAGUGCGACUCUCCGUAUUACCUCGCGCUGGCCGCCCUGCAGUCCAUUGGUCCACUCACGGGAACCUCAAAGGAGAACCCAGCGGCGUUUGCGCUGUACACGGGUGAUCUCGUGGCGCACGACUCGCAAUACCAGCGCUCCCGGGAUUACGUAGAGGAUAUCGAGCUGUCCGUCUGGCACAUGUUUAAAGCGUACAUCGGCGGACCGGUAUAUGCUGCACUGGGAAACCACGAUACAAACCCAGACAAUCUCGACGUGCCACACGGCAUCGACGACGACGGACCCCUAGGCAACCAGUUGUCCUGGAACUACGACCACGUCUCCUCGCUGUGGGAGUACUACGGCUGGAUCGACGAGGCGACCGCCGCCUCGGCCCGGACGCACUAUGCGGCCUACUCGAUCCGGCACCCGCUGGGCCUGCGCAUCAUUACGCUCAACACGGACCUGUACUACCGCAACAACCACUUUGCGCUGCUGAAGGCGGCGGACCCAGACUUUAGCGGCAUGUUCACCUUUCUCAUUGACGAGCUGCAGCGCGCCGAGGACAGCGGCGAGCGCGUGUGGAUCGUCGGCCACGUGCUCUCGGGCUGGGACGGCACCAACCCUUUGCCCAACGGCUCCGAGGCGCUCCGGAGAAUCAUUGAGCGCUACUCGCCGCACGUGGUGGCCGGCGUCUUUUUCGGGCACACCCACGAGGACCAGGCCUUUGUCUACUACCAGGGCGCCAACGGGAGCAACAGGUCGGCCGAGACGGCCGUUGCCAGCGCCUGGGUGGGCCCCAGUCUGACGCCGCUCACCAACCUCAACUCGGGAUACCGUUUGUACGAGGUCGAUACGGGCAGCUGGGAUAUUUACGAUGCGUAUACAUUCUACUCGGACGUGUCGUCGUUUGGGUCCCUGGACAAUGGCACAGAAGAGGGAGAUCAAGGGAGCGGGCCCGUCUUUCAGCUCGAGUACAGCAGCCGAGCCGCCUACGGACCCGGAGCCGAGUGGCCAGACGACGCCCCGCUGAAUGCGACGUUUUGGCACCGCGUCACCGAGGCCAUGGAGCGCAACCGGACGCUCGUUAGCGUCUUCAAUACCUUUCAGGGCAAGAGCAGCAUCCGGAGUCCCAACUGCACCAGCGAGGCGUGUGCCGAGGCCAAGAUUUGCUAUAUGCGAAGUGGAUCAGCGGCACUAGGAAAGCAGUGUCCUCAGGGCUUUGGGAGCGUACAGAGCGCAUAUACUGGUGUCAACUUUUAG